UUUUUACUAAAUCCAACUGAUUUUAUACUUUAAAAAUGAAUUCUGUAUUAGUGAUUAGUGUAUUUUUUAUAUGUGUAGCGACAGCUGCAUCUAUAUCAAAAGAUACAGUUGCUGAUACUAUUGCAUAUUCUAACAACAAUGAUGGAAGUGGAAAUUACUACUUUAGUUUUAAAACAUCCAACGGAAUAUCACGUGAAGAAUCCGGAGAAGUACGUAAUUCGGGACAAAAUAAUCAAUUUAUUUUCAUCAGAGGAUUUUAUACAUAUACAGAUCCUGAUGGCCAAGAAGUAAAAGUUAAUUAUAUAGCUGAUGAUAAUGGAUAUCAGAUCGUGUCUUCGCCUGAUACCGCAGUUCCGGAUAAAAUACCUAUAUUAGGUUUACCCGCUGGUGUGACUUCAACAUUACUCGGAGGAUAAUAAAUUAUGUUAUGCCUGUAUAAGCUGUUACCCAUUCACAGCUUCGCGUUCAGUUGAUUUUAUUACCCCAGACGAAAGAACUGAUUGGCCGGUAUAAAAAGUAGCGUAAUGUUUUUCGUAUGAAAUAUAUUAUACUAUAUAGUAA